AUGACUACAGUUCCAAAUCCCGAGCUGAGGAGACAGGUCAUCGCCAUCUACAAGCGCAAAUUAGAGCUUCUGUACCUUGGUCGCGAUUAUCCCCAAGGCUACGAUUUCUUUCGGCCGCGACUGCACCGAGCCUUCAUGGCCAAGGCGCACCUGACGGACGAAAAAGAGAUCCGAGAGGGCAUCGCGCGGGCCGAGUUUGUGAGGAAAGAGAUCGAGGCGCUGUAA